CACUUGUUGCUUUGAUGAUAACUAUAGCCGUACUACAUUGGCCGGUCUCAGUGUUACACAAAGACCAAACAUACUGAAUUAACAGAAGCUGAAAUGGAUCACUUGAACGACAGUCCCGAACCUACAUCUUCACGUCAACACUGUUUGCGGGUUUUGAGCACUUUCAUCCCCAGAAAUGCCAAGGAAGAGUUUUACCAACUGACGCAGUUGGCUGUGCCAAUGUUUGCUUCUCAGUUGAUGGUCUUUCUCAUAAGUUUCAUCAGCACAGUGUUUUGUGGACAUCUUGGAAAAACAGAACUAGAUGCAGUGGCACUCUCCACUACAGUAAUAAAUGUGAUGGGUAUUUCAAUAGGAAGUGGCUUAGCUUCAGUGUGUGACACAUUGAUUUCUCAAACAUAUGGCAGUGGAAAUCUUAAAAGAGUUGGGAUCAUCCUGCAGCAAGGGAUUCUCAUUUUACUGCUCUCCUGCUUCCCCUGCUGGGCCUUUCUAAUAAACACUGAGUCUCUUCUGCGCCUUGCUCAACAAAACCCAGAAGUGAUUAGGCUUACCCAGAUGUAUGUGAAGAUUUUCAUGCCAUCUCUUCCAGCAGUUUUCCUUUACCAGUUGCAAGGAAAGUAUCUACAGAAUCAGGGCAUUAUUUGGCCUCAAGUUAUUACUGGUGCAGCAGCAAAUAUUGUUAAUGCUUUAAUAAACUACAUCUUUCUCUUUGUGCUGAAUUUGGGCGUUGCGGGUUCUGCUUGGGCCAACACCAUUUCACUAUUCUCUCUUACUGUUUUUCUCUACUCUUACAUCAGAUGGAAGAAAUUACACGUAGAGACUUGGUCAGGUUGGUCUCAGGAAUGCCUACAGGAAUGGGGGAGCUUCAUGCGUUUAGCCAUUCCCAGUAUGCUGAUGCUGUGUAUCGAGUGGUGGACAUUUGAGAUUGGCAGCUUUCUUUCAGGUUUGAUUAGCAAAGUUGCACUUGGGAGUCAGUCCAUACUCUACGAAUUGUCCAUUAUCGCCUACAUGUUCCCACUUGGCUAUGGGGUUGCAGUGAAUGUGCGAGUUGGCAAUGCUCUGGGGGCAGGAAACACUGAGCAGGCUAAGAAAACAUGCAAGGUUGCUGUGAUGUGCACAGGAGUCCUAGCAAUUCUGGUGAUGUCAGUGGUUCUAGCUCUGAAGAACAAGAUUGCUUACAUCUUCACGACUGACCCAGAAAUCAUUGAUCUGGUCUCAUCAAUCGUUGUUAUUUUUGGCCCUUGUCAUUUGUGUGAUGCCUUUCAGUGUGUUUUUAGUGGAAUAGUGAAAGGAGCUGGCAAGCAGAAAAUCGGAGCCAUUUGUAACUUAACUGGAUAUUACAUCAUUGGUCUUCCCAUUGGGGUCUCCCUAAUGUUUGCUGCACAUAUGGGUGUUCUGGGUUUUUGGAUAGGACUUUUAGUCUGUGUCUUCAUGCAGAGCAUCUUCUUUUUAAUCCUUGUUUUGAAAUUCGACUGGAAGCUUUUGACAGAGGAGGCUCAAAUGCGUGCCGGGCUGAAGAAAUCACCAUCAAACGAGAACAACAAUGUUCAGGCCAAUAACGUUCAUCCCACAAAUAAUUCUGCCGAGGUCAACCAUCAUCCCUGGCCUCAUGUGGUGCUGGAUGAUUUUAUUGCAGAGCAGAGCCAUACAGACACAGAGGAGCUGGUGGAAGAUGAUGAAAAUUCUGGUAGUGGUGUGGAAAACGUUACCGAAAAUCCUCUUACCGUCCGUCAGCUGGUCCUGUAUCGGGGGCUCACCCUGGCUGCAUGCUUCUUCGUUCUGGCUGUUGGUAUCCUCAUUAACCUUCUUUUAAGUCGCAUCUGAAAAAGCAACAGAUUUCCCUGGGUACUUUCUUUCUGCCCAACCUCACAGUAUAAAGGAUGGUAAUGUACCGGCUGAGCUGAUUCACAUGGCUGGGCACAUGAACAUUGGCAUGGUGGCCUGCUUGCCACUUUUUAACCACUAUGGUAGAGACGGUGGAGGGUCAGCUAUGGAGGCAACUUUCAGAAAGAGAGAACCCACUUUUUAGGAGAAACCCUUCUGAUUGGGGAAAACCAAGAAGAAGAAAUGUCGAACUAUUCAGAAUUGCACAUGUUGUAUUUUUUUUUUUUAAUGAAAUGCAUUUUUUGUAUGUUUCUGAAAAUGUUACAAACUUGAGAAGUAAA